CUUUCAGAAAAGAUGGAGAACAAAGUUGAACGUGCGGCUAAUGGGAAAAACGUCUCUCUUCCUAUUUCACGUGUAAAAUUAAUCAUGAAGAGCUCGCCGGAUGUGUCGUGCAUUAAUCAGGAUGCUCUUUUCUUAACAACGAAAGCAACGGAGCUUUUUGUUCAGCAUUUGGCUUUGACUUCAUAUAAUAAUGGCUCAGGAAAACAGAAUGGCACCCUGUCCUACAGCGAUCUGGCCAACACUGCAGAGGAGACGGAAACGUUCCAGUUUCUCACAGAUAUUCUUCCAAAGAAAAUCUUGGCGCGGGAUUAUCUGAAGUCCCUGGAGAAAAUGGAAGAACAAAACGACUGAUUUUUUUGUUUGUUUGUUUUUGGAGGCAGCCUGUAAACAGGAACUGUUACUUCAACAUCAUUCUUUAAAAUUAACUGAUUAUGAUAACAUGUGAACAGGUAAAAAACAAGAAUACUUUCCUCACAACAGAUAGCAGAAGAUGAACUCCAGGACAUCUCACCCAAAUAAAUCUGUACAGUUCCUCACACCUUGUGGGUCAAGUGGUGAGACAAUUAUUCGUUUUCUUUUAUUGUAUUCAGAUACGUAGUCUCCUGAUCACCACCAAACUGCAAGGCAGAGUGGCCACUUGAAGUGUUUCAUACAUAUAUUUAUGUUGUAUAACUCCUGAUUUGCUUCUACAGCUAUUGCGUUUUAGGUCAUAACUGGCUCUGACCGAUUCUGAAAUUACAGCUGCUCUAAAAGCGGGUACUCAGGGUGCACACACUGUUUCAUUAAAUGGGCAUUAAGAUAUCAGUAUUUUUAUUAUACACCUGAAGAUAAAAACGCACUCUCAUUGUGCAGAUUGCACACGUGAAAUAAAUACUUAAAAUUUAUUUUUGUGUGUGUGUAAAUAUAUUUUUUUUAACUUUAAUUAAAACGACGCACUGACAUCCUGCAGGUUUAAUCAGUGUCCUUUACUGUGGAUCAGAAUUGGUUAUACUACAGCUUGCUUGUACUUUCCUGCUGUUUCAGCUGAUUACAUGCACUGAAUUUCAAAAGCGUGAGCCUGAAAACUUGAAACAUCUUCAGUUUUGUAUAGUGUACUGUAUGAUUGUUGGUGUAUAUUUUUCAGUAAAUAAAUCUUUGGUUUCUUAUUCACUCAGCUAUAGUUUUUUCCGGUCCUGUAAAAGGUUGUUUUAAGAACGGUUGUUGAACUGAUGCAUCAUGCCGUGACACCCAACCCUUUUUGCUGGGAUAUAACUGAUUAUGAAUCUAAUUAUAAAGUUGUCUUAUUUCCCUUAUGUAUAAUCAUGCAUCAUGUUUUAGAGGAACAGGGAUGGUGUGGGUGUGUGUGUGUGUAACAUUUUAUGAUACAAUAUGCAUUAGUAUUUGACAUUUUAUAAAAGUAUACAAAAGCAAUUUAAUGAUUUUAUGUUUACUUAUAAAAGAUGCAAAUACAUCCAUCAAA